GUUCGGCGCAUGCGCUCUAGCAUGUAAAUAACAGCCGCUGCGGUGGUUUGUAUGGUAUCGCACAGGCUCGUCAAAUACACGAACAACCGGCUUGUAUUUACAGAGGACGUUAUUAUAUCUUCUACGUUCAUGAAAGUACGUCUGGAAGAAGAAUACAGAGUUAAAUCAGUGGAACAGAUCGCAUGAAUUUACAGCUAGCGAAGUGUCAGUUAGCACACAGCUAUGAUAGAGCCUAGCCGGAGAGGUGUGGUGAUGUGUUGAGUGUAGCAUGACACAGCAGCUGUUGAUCAGAGCCACAGCUGAUCCAGGAGCGAAUGCUGCUCGAUAACACACUCAAACAUUCAACAUCAGUACUGUCUGCUCCAGCGAUGCUAACAGAGAAGAGGAAGCGUCAGCGCGCUGAAGGGGAUGGCGAAAGCGCUCAGAUGCCUCAGGCCAAGCGACAGAGUUCAGCUCUCCAGAGCUCAGAGACGGCUAGAGAAUCAUGGGAGUCUGAGUCUUCCAGCAGCGAGGGCAGUUGGGUCAGCAGUCCAGAUCACGCCGCAGGGAGCAGCAGCAGUAGUCACUGUGGAGUGGACGUUAUUGGGCCCCACAGCUGCCACGACCCCUGCAGUCCCCACAGUGCCUCCAAGCAGCCGGACCCCGUGGACCCGCUGUCCUACCAGCACAUCAACCGUGUCCUGAAGGAAGCCCAUUUCCACAGCUUACAGAGCCGGGCUCCGUCCAAGCAUAGGUGACUUCAGGGACAGAUAGCAACCCCUAGAAGACAGGGUUAAACUUCUUCAUCUCAUCCUCAUUCAGACCUGCUUCUGCUUUCUAGAUCUCUCUGCUAGAGCUCAUCUUAUCUUGAUAUUUAAUUGGAUGGAAAACAUGCCCUGGUACUGUAAGCUCUUCGACUAACUAGAGCACAACAGUGAUUUUUGUAAGCAAUAACAGCUUGACUACGAUGCAAACUUUUGUGACUUCCACACUGUGUAUUCUUCUUCUGAAAACAGCUGGAUUGAGAGUGAUGAGGGGGGGGGUUUGCACUUGGGAAUGGGUUGAUCAGAUAUUGACGUGGACCAUAUAGCAAUUCAGCCGAGCACAUUUAGAUGGGAGGCUUAAACAUGCCAAAAUAUCCCAAUGCACUUCUGAUUGGUGAACUCCAUCGCAGUGCCGUAACUAAUGCAUAAAGCAGCCAGUCGAUUUCAUCAUAUCAAAGACUGCGCUGGUGGCAUCAGGUGUAAUCUUGACACGACCAUCACUGAAGCUGGUUGCUCAUCCAAGCAUCACGCCUUCGACACCCUGCAGAGGUUUGCUUGUGUGCCGUUCAAAUGCUAGAUUUGAAAGAUCUGUUGUUUAUUUUACUAUACCUUUUUGUAUGGAAAGAUGUACAUUACAGUUUACAUUCAGAUCAUCUACAUUUCUAAAUAAAGAUGUGUGUUCUUAAGCAAA